UAUGCAAAUAUAUUACCGCGAAAACUACAUUUCCCAGCAACACGCGCGGUGGGGAUGUUCUUUGACGGACAAAGUUGUGUUUAUUAAAACUGAAACGUUGAUGUUCUGAGCAUAAUCCGAAGAAGGUCUGCAGUAAAAAGCGAAGGAUAAGUAAGCCUGUGAAAUAGGACAGAGGAUGCGGGGUGAACCUGGGCCAGUUCAAAUUGUGACAGUCAACAAGGAGGAGCACUCCUUUGACCUGGAUACAGAGGCGCUCGGUCGAAUUCUGUUGGCGCCCGAUGUUCGAGAUAAGGAUGUGGUGGUGGUGUCUGUCGCUGGAGCCUUCCGAAAAGGGAAAAGUUUCCUUUUGGAUUUCAUGCUCCGAUACAUGUAUAAGAAGCCUGGUCAGGAUUGGCUUGGGCAGGAAAAUGACCCCCUGACAGGUUUCUCCUGGAGAGGAGGCUCAGAACCAGAGACAACCGGCAUCCAGAUAUGGAGUGAAGUUUUCAUUGUACGGAAGACGGAUGGAAGUGAGGUUGCAGUGCUUUUAAUGGACACACAAGGAGCGUUUGAUUCCCAAUCCACAGUGAAAGACUGUGCCACUAUCUUUGCCCUCAGCACCAUGACUAGCUCCAUCCAGAUUUAUAAUCUGUCACAGAAUAUUCAGGAAGAUGAUCUACAGCAACUUCAGCUGUUUACAGAGUACGGCCGACUUGCAAUGGAUGAAAUCUUUCAGAAGCCUUUUCAGUCGCUUAUGUUCCUGGUCAGAGACUGGAGUUUCCCGUAUGAGUACAAAUAUGGGUUUGAAGGAGGAAGCGCUUUCUUGGACAAACGUCUGCAAGUGAAGCAGACUCAGCAUCAGGAGCUUCAGACAGUGAGAGAGCAUAUUCACUCCUGUUUCACCUCCAUUUCCUGUUUUCUCUUACCACACCCUGGCCUGAAGGUGGCAACAAGCCCUGCUUUCAAGGGACAGCUGUGUGAUGUGGCUCCAGAGUUUAAAGAACAGUUGUGUAAACUCAUUCCCAAACUGCUCAAGACUGACGACCUGGCUGUGAAAGAGAUCAAUGGGAAUAAGGUGACCUGCAGAGGUCUGCUGGAGUACUUCAAAGCAUAUAUUAAGAUCUAUCAGGGAGAAGACCUUCCACACCCCAAAUCCAUGCUAGAGGCUACAGCAGAAGCCAAUAACCUUGCUGCGGUGGCGUCAGCUAAAGACCAGUACUACAAGAAUAUGGAGAAGGUAUGUGGUGGAGAUCUGCCUUAUGUGGCUCCUGAUUCACUGGAGGAAAAGCACCGCUUUUUCCUGCAGGAGGCCCUUCAUCUCUUCUCCAGCACUAAGAAGAUGGGUGGGCGGGAUUUCUGUCACCGUUACCAGGAACAGUUGGAAACAGAGCUGAUGGAGCUGUGGGAGUCUUUCAGAAAGCACAAUGAGUCCAAGAAUGUUUUCAGUGCUUUCCGGACACCUGCAGUGCUGUUUGUUCUGGUCUGCCUCCUGUAUGUGCUGUCAGGAAUUUUGCUCUUUGUUGGCCUGGAAACUAUUUCCUUUGCAUGUGACUGUGUAGUUGGUCUAGCCAUGAUGGCUAUGCUGACGUGGGCCUUUAUCCGGUACUCUGGCCAGUACAGAGAAGUAGGCACAGCCAUAGACCAAGCUGCAGGAGUAAUACUAGAACAGGCCACAGAUGUGUUAAACAAGACAAGAGCCCAGGGUCAGGUGGCUGCACAACAGAAGAAGACAAGAUAGCUUCACAUUCAAACCGAAGAUGCCAGAACCAGAUGUAAACUGCACAGACGCGACCAAUAAUAUGAUACCAAAUAUUGCACACCUCCAAACAUAGCACUUAAAUUUCUACUUCUAAUGCAGGUUGACUGAUUUUUUUCAAGAUGUCUUAAACCAGAUUUUUAAAGAUCAUCACAAAUAUGAAUAUAAACCAAAUAUCACAAACCAGCAGUCUUUCAGGGACAGGUAUGGAUUUAGCACAAGGGCUGAACUCUCCACAGAGCUGCAUUGAUACGUUUACAGUUGUUCAUUCCAGUACAGCCAAAGACAUCCUCCAUAGCAAGUCAGGGUCGUGUAACUUUUGGAUUGCACUUGUAGACAUUGCACUCUGUAGACAUGUUAUUGGUUUGUUCUCUUUAGCCAGGAAUACCUUUGCACAUGAACUGCCAUUUACUUUAUUAAGGCUUGAGCUUGAUAUGAUGUUUAGUAUUAAGUGUAAGUACACUAUAUUAUAUGACCUUUGCAAAAGCUUUGUUUUAUGAUCUCUGUACCAAAUUGUGGCCUUCUAUGCAUUCCAUCUUUUAUACACCCAUGUAUGAUUUCUAUGGGAAAUCCUGUCAAUGAGUUGUUUCACUUGUAAUGGGUUUCAUCGGGGUAACAAACAUAUAUUUUAUUCCGUUCCAAUGUUCUUGAGUGCUGGAUUGGUCCUGUACACCCCUUUUUAACUGCUGGCAUGUUGUUGGGUGUUCAAAACCAUCCUGACACUUUCAUUAAGUUGGACUGAAAGUAUUGACAGAAAAGCCAAUAUCAAAUAUUUAAAAGUGUCUUGAAAAAAUGUGUCAGUCAAAAUGUGACAUUUCUGUAAUCAGGUUUAUAUUUGCAUAUCAUAUUAGUAAACACCUUAUUUGAUUCUGUUUUUGUAGUGGUCUGAGCACUAUUGCGUCUUAUUUCUUUCUGUUUUCAUUUUUGUCAUAUGACAUUCCUCUUAUUUCAUGUAUGACGUAGUGGGGAAAGAGUAUACCUGGAAAAAUCAGGUUUUUUAGGCAUAUGAUAGUACCUCAAAGCAUUUUGUUUUGUUCAAGAUUUUUCCAGACAAUGACAAUAUUUGUAUGCCCCCCAAGGCAUGCCUGUAAUGUGUCCUUGUGGCAUUUUUGAAUGUGUCCUGUGAUCUCUUCUCAUUUUCAAUCGAGUGGACCUGCCUAAACUGACCUACCAGGGAUCGUAUUCUGUCCCUGUAUAUCAUUUUUACUGUUACAUACACUUUACAUAUAUAAACCCCAAAAAUAAAGAUAUAAGCAUGCAA